AUGGCGACAUUUGCGCCCUCGAAUUUUGCCCUCGACGCCGGCGACGACAAACCCCACCACGAGCCCCCACCACCGCCUCUCCCACACGGACCCUUUGCCCACCAGCUUAACCCACCCCCGACACAGCCCUACUCGUCUGCCACACCCAAACUCUCCCCACGACCCUCGCGCGACCUCCGCCACCACCUCUCCUCUGGCGCAAUGGCUGGCGCAAACACUCACGCGCCCAUGGCUGUCCCAGGCGGACGCAUCAACCAACCCGCUCACGACCACCGCCCAAACCUGCGCGACAUGGGCUUCGCCGGCCCCCGCAGCCCCCCAAACAACAAGAACACCUCUCAUGUCCCCUGCAAGUUCUACCGCCAGGGCGCAUGCCAGGCAGGCAAGGCCUGUCCCUUCCUGCACUCGGACGAGCCGCUGACGGAACGCGCGCCUUGCAAGUACUUCACAAAGGGCAACUGCAAGUUUGGUCAAAAGUGUGCCUUGGCCCACAUCCUGCCAAACGGCCAUGUCGUCAACCGUGGAAACGCCGCCAGUCACUUUGGCCGCAUGAACGUCCCCCACCACCAGGAGCUGCCCAUCAACAGCUCCCUACUGACCAUGCAGGCACACAUGGGCGGCAUGCAGCCAGGCUACCCCUACGCCCUUCAGGACGACUACGUCAACCACAAGAACCAGUACGACAUGAUUCCCACCAUUGACACCACCUUUUCCUCCCACCCCGGCUCAAACUACGGCUCGCCACCAAACGACAAUGGCCGCCUCCCCAUCUCGCCCACACACAAAGGUCUUAGUGUCAUGGACGUCGGCUUGCCUGCCUCUUUUGAUAGCCAGGGUGUCUCUACCAUGGCCCGGUAUGGCCCCAUCGCCUCGUCUGUACCAGCAAAGUUCCUCGCAAACUCGCCCCCGUCCUCGUAUCAGGCUGAUUCGCCUGCGCUCCGCAACCUGCACGACUCUGCGUUUGGUGAUGGUUCGCGAAGAGGAAUUGGAGCGUUGGGCUCUUCCCCACCAGAAUCGGUAGAGCAGCCCACUGGACGAAGAAUGCUGCACUCUGAGCUCGCUGCGAAUCGCUCUCGUGGUAUCAUGUCAUCUAGUCUGGGCGCGCGACCUGCUUUCAAGGACGAGGAGUGGGAUGAGACGGACAUGAUUGGCAAGUUCGAGGAGGAUCUGCUGCCAAACUCGCUCAGCGACCUGCUCACCCCACAGGAAAAGAUGCGCCGCUUCUCACGCGACCAGGGUGAAAACGAGAGUUCCUUCUCCCAACGUGCUGCACAGUCCAGGCUUGGGGUGUCGCCAACCGCAUCCGACCUCAAGUAUGGAUCUCCCUCAGCAGCGACUGCUUCUCCAUCCCGGUUCCAGUCCAUGUGGGCCAAGCCCCGCGGGCCAACAUACGAUAAUGCAUUCGAGUCAGGCUCAUUGCCAGGACAGUCGGCCUUUGGACACGUUGGCUCGCCGCUACGUAACUCAAGCCUCCAUCCUGGAGCGAGUCCUUCACUGCGCGCCAUUAGCCGCCCUACCACCGGCGACGCGAGUCCUUACCUGUCUUCGCCUCCCCGCCAAGCUUCGAUGAGUAUGAUUAGCCAGCAACUACAGAGAACUCGUCUGUCCACUCGGGAGGAGGCGAGCAUAACCAGCAAUCCGGUCCAUCCUGGUAUCAACCGUGUUACCUCAGCUAACAGCAUCGGAAACUCGAGUGGACGUCUUGGCAUGGAUCGUGCAGUUAGCAGCAGCAGCAUCAAUCGCGAGAGGAUUGAGGAAGAGCAGGGUUUAUUCAGCAUGGAAGAGGAGGAGGAUGUCAACAAGAGCAGGGAUGGUGCAUCCACUACUUCCAGUACAAGCAACAAGCGCUUGAGCGGUCUCUCAUGGGGUAGCGGAGGUGGCAAGGGCAGCCCCAACCUCGCACCCGUUGGUGGACACCGUACUACUGCUACUUCAGGCCUAUCAAAGGACACUGGGGUCUGGAACAAGAACACCUAG